GAGCGCGAGGUUCAGUUGUCUAACGACGAUCGUUGGCGAAAGACGGUUUCGCUUUGAUGCAAUCAGUGCUGCCUGUGUUGUGUUGUGCGGUGUUCUGUGUCCCAACUUCUUCGACUCAAUUGAGUUCAACUGGGUGAAGGGUUUUGGAGGGUUCUGUUCUGCGAGGGCCUGUGAGGGGUGCCUAUGUUCUUGUGUUUUAACUGCUGGGGCCAUUCAAGCGUGACAUUCGUGUGCCAGUUUAACCAGUGAAGAGUCACAGCUGUUUCGAGCGUUGAUCGUCAUUAUGAUCCCAUUCCAGGUUGAUUUGAGUGAGAGUGUGUGCAAUUCAGGUGAAAACUAGCAUUUCUCGUGAUCGCGAUAAUUAUGUUUCGAUUGCUGACGGAAGCAAGACAGGCCUGGUAGAAGUGUAAGAAGUGGGCACAAAACACCCCUUCAGGGGUGCAGCUAUGAACGACCUCGAAAUUGAGAUUUUGUGCCAGUAGCCAACCGCGUAGAUUCCACGCCGUGAUCAGUGAUCGUGUCUUCGUUGAUAAGCUUCAAUGAACGCCGCCGAUUGGAAAGUUUACUUUCCUCACCUCGCCGUCACGAAACCCCUCCAGUUCAUUCCAAGGAAAGCCCAAUUCAUCAAGGCCUUCAGUAUUGCAACGGAGGAAAAUCGAAGAUUUACUUUGAUAUCCAUUUUUUCCACACUUCCAGCCAAAGGUGCCAAUCCCUUGCGUGUGAUCCAGUAAUGGUGUGUCUUCUUGUACGUUUGUGAGUGGAUGCUGAUCGGCAUCGAUUAUCCGACCCGGUGAUCAUAGUAACCAUCCCUCGCUCGAAUAAACUCGAACGCGAAUUCGGUGCAGCACGCGAUCCGACCCUGCGACGCCAGUGAUCAAACCCCGUUCCAACCUAUCAGCUGUGAGCCACAAAAACCGACGAAAUAGAAACUCAAGACUCGGGGUAGCAAGUUGAUCGAAGUCCGUCUGUCUAAGGGGUUCGAGUGAAAAGCGCUUUCCACACCGCACGUGUUUUUUUGUUUGUUUGUGGUUUAUUGGAACUUGAAAACGAUUCGCAUUUUGAACCACGCACCAUGGCACGUGUAGCAUCAGGGGGCUGGUGAAACCAUUCACCCUUACACAUCAAACCCCAAACCCACGCAAACCACGCGAUCCCCGAUGAAGACGAGUGUCAAGGGCGGUUCUGGUGGGCCGUCAUCCAGCGGUGGCAUGGUGAUCCACACGGGGCCUUCUUCUGUGGCAACGAACGGCAUCCCACCGCCGCUGCAGUUCCCAAAUGGGAGCGGGUCCGGAUCACAUCCGCUGUCACCUAUUGGUCAGCAUAACCAAACCCAAACACUGGGCGCCGGUGGAGGUUCAAACGGUGGGAUUUGGGACAUUUCCGGAAAUGGCAUUGGGAUCGGCGGAGGAGGAGGUGUUGGAGGCAGCAGUGGCGGCGGGAGCAGCAGCGGCGCCCCAUCGCUAGCCUCACUGUCGCGACUUAACAGCAUGGAAUGUUGGGAUUACACCAUCGAGCUGGAGUGUCUUCGUGGUCCGGAAGAUCUGCAACUGGCGGCGGAGCUUGGCAAGACCUUGCUGGAGCGCAACAAGGAGCUCGAAACAUCACUGAAGCACCAUCAGAACAUAAUCGAGGAUCAGGCACAGGAAAUAGAGUACCUAACGAAGCAGAAUGGUGCCCUGCGGGAGGUCAACGACUCGCGCAUGAAGAUCUACGAGCAGCUCGAAGUCAGCAUACAGGACCUUGAACGAGACAAGUACAAGCUAGCGCUAGAGAACCAAUCGGAGAAGAAGCACACGAAAACAUUAUGCCGCAACAUCGAAUCACUGGAAGCAAAAGUGGAGGAACUGAACAAAACACUGGAGGAUGUCCGGAGGCUGCUGGAAUCGGAGCGAAAGAAAAACGAACGGCUUCAGAACGAUAGCGGAAGUGGACGGGGCGGCAGAAACCAUGUCCAGCUGAAGCCUGCUCUCUCCGAUGGGGAAGGGAACGACAGUGGACCGGAUGAAGAUGAAAUCACCGAAAUCGACACUUCCAAACCGGAGAGCUUUUCGUUCGCCUUCCGCGAUCAGUCCCAGUCGACGGACGUUACGGAUGGAAGCCACCUCGGGAAUAGCUUCUCACACCUGCAGCAGCAACAUCAACUGUCCGACCUCAAUCUGGCAGAGGAAAACGAGGAACUGAUCAGGAUAAUGCACGAGCUGGAGAAAACCCGCAAAUGUUUCAUCGCCGAGCAGAAUCGGGUCGCGGAGCUGGAGGAACAGCUGGCGGCUAUCGCACAGGAGAAUCAGAUCCUCCAGAGCAAGAUUGUGCAGAUCAACACCACGGAGGAGAUGAAAUCCGUACAUGAGGAGCUCUCGAUCCUGGAGGAAGUCAGGUUCGUUGGGCAAGGUCAAAUGUGUACCCGCUGUUUGAGAGGCUUCGAAGACCGGCCCGACGACGAGUCGAUAAUCACCGGCACCGAAGACGACGACCGCAGCCUGAUGGAUCUCAUCCAGAACACGGAUGUGCCCCAGGUUUACCGGUCUACCGUCACGAUCAAGGCUUCUUCUCCUAAGCCAGAUACCCUGGAUUUGUCGGGCUCUGGUUCAAACAAUCCGUAUCGAGAGUUGGUGGAGAAGUAUGAGGCGCUGCUGGAAGUCCAAAGGAAUUCGCUGAGCCGAAACAAGGUAAGCGGAGGUGGGACGCCUUCGGGCGGAACGCCACACUCGCAGCAUACAGCUGCUGCCUCUCAAGAUGGAACCAACAAUGGGGGUGGUGGUGUACCGGUGUCCGGUGUCGCAGCCCAUCCUGGGUCACUGAACGAAGAACUUGGAUCGGGUGAUUUCAGCUCGCUGAACACCAAGUUCACAGACGAGGAUGGCAGCAAGAAGGACGACCAGAGCAGCAAUGGCACUAGACGGAAGGUUGGUCUGCGAACGCCGACCGAUUUUUCGGAGACGGAGACCACCAGCUCCGGAUUUUCGGACGAGAUCAGUAACAAGGCUACGCAGACGGAUGAACGCCCGAGGAACUUCCUGUGCACUAUUGCUGAUGGGGAUGAUUGCAAAUUUAGCAUCUACGAGGAUCAAACGGUGGUCGACUCGAGGUUCCGAUUCAGUCCGUCCCAUCGGGAGCUGUUCCGGGAAAUUUUCACGAUCCUGAAGAAGGCUGCGGACAAUCGGGAUGAGGGUGAACAGUUACCCCUUUUGGACGAUCAAAAUCCUCCCGCCGCUAAGGCGGCGGCGACAGCCGCAACCACCACGUCUCCCAAGGUUCCUCCUGUAACGCCGGCAAACGAAGAACCUCCGAGCGAGUUUGGAGACGACACUCAGAGCCUCAUCUCGUCGGCUGUUUCCGAGCAGUCGUUUGCCAUGUCCGAAUGUAUCACCAAGUCCGAGCGGAAGAAGAUCGAGAAGCAGACGAAGUACGCGGAGAAGCAUGGUGGUGAACAGGAGAACCAACCGCCAGUUGGAGCGACGACAACAUUACCGGACGGACGAGUCCUCACCCCGUACAAGCGUCAACCCCUGGAGUAUCUGACCGUUGCCAUAGGCGUUAAUAAGAAGAAAUCUCGCCGUCGUCGCAACCGCGGCAUCGGUGAUGACGCCAUGGAUCGAUCCGAUUCGCCUGUUGCCCUACCGACCCCGACGCGGGUGUUCACCAGUAGUGGCCGGAAGGGACGCAGCUCGUAUCGUCCCUGGAAUCCGGAUGCACACGGAAGUGCAUCGCCCUCCACGACCACCCAGAAUGGAACCGCCGAAUGGAACGGAAACUCAAUGACCAUCUACAAUCGCAGCCACAACUCACCAGCACCCGCGGCCGCGAACCAACGCACUCCGGUUAGCAGCCGAAAUGCGACCGCCUGGGAGUCGACCCCGACAAGUGCCAACCGCAAUGGCAACCGCUACACCGAACUGACUGACGAUAGCGGUGAAGUUGUCCUGUUCAAACCCUCUCCCGCCAGCCACGAUCUGCACAAACUCAAGAAGCUGGACCUCUCGUACGCGGAAGUGCUUCGCCGGGCGGACCAUUGCAAGCAUCAGAGCCAACGGCGCCAUCAUAAAAAGUAAACGCAUCAUCACAGCAAGCGCUUUUGGUAGAAGCGUCGCGCCCCCCCACACACACACAGGUGAAUUUUGCAUGCGUGUUUGUGUUAUUGAACGUGUGUUUUAUGAGAAAGCGUCGCGAUAACAAAUUUUAGCCUGUGACGAAUCUGUGCAAGACUAGCGCAACCUUUACAACGUAAGAACGAUAAAAGUUUUCCAACAAACCAGUUCUCUCCUUUUGAUAUUUAAAUGCAACAUACAAUCUCGUAUAAAUUUGUCGAAUAAAAAAAAAUAUGUGUAACAACUGUCCAUAAUGUCCAUAAAAUAUGGGGUCUUCUAGAAAACAACUGAGACAAACAAAAAAACAUCAGUAUUAGAACUUGAGCGAGACGCACGUGACAGCAUCGAUUCGUCUAACCUAAAAACAUAACUUUCUUCUUCCUUCAGAACAAAAUGUCCACAGAAUUUAGCGUGAGAAAUGAGAAUUGCAUAAUAAGCUGAGAAAACACCGCCAUAUUGAUUAGUUUGUCUGCGUUUGCGUGUCAACAGUGCCGGGAGCAAACAAAAAUCCACACACGAAACGCGUUAUUUAGUUAGAUUCUAACAUUUGUUUUCCACUUUUACUUUGAACGCGCGCGAGAAGUAAUCGAGAAAGUGUAGCCCUUAAUUUGUAACUACUAAUGAUGAUUGUUAACUAGUUAGCUUUAAAACCAUUGUCGCCAAACGUUAUUUUAUUUCGUGGAGAAAACAAUCGCGGUAGAGCGAAAACGGUAAGCUUCCCAUUUUUCGAUUAUAUCUGUAUGCUAAGACACUUUUUGUUCAAAAUAGUUUUCGUGCUUAGUUUUUUUUGUUCCCUUUCGUUUUAUGUCAAGGAGAAAGUUAUUAUAAUUAUUGUAAUUAUUAAUAUACUAGUAGUGUGCAAUCGGGGAUGAGUGAGUUUUUGCGUGAUCGCCACCUGCGCAAGAAAAAGCGAGAGAGUGAAAGAGAGCCGAGUUCGAGUAGUCAAUGCAAUUACACAAACACGCGAACGCGCGUGCGCAAGCGACCACACCCACAUACACACACUGACACAUUUCUACUAAUAUGAUUACAUUCAUAAGCAAACACAUAGAUUCAAUGCUUACUAACUUUCUGUAUUAACAAGUUCAAACUUUAAAUAUUUGUUCGAUUUAUAUGAGAAAACAAAGCAAGCGCAGCCAACACAUCAACAGAAAAGAAAAGAAAAACGAUGAGACAUAAAAUGUUGCAACUUACAAAUUCAGUCAAAGCUCAAUGUAGAACAAGUUUAGGGGAGAGAUGAGAAACACCCAAAUCAAGACAUGAAAAAAAUAUAUAGGAAACUGUAACAAUGGGUGUGCGUGUGUUUCGAAUAUACCAAGGAACACACAUACACAAGGAAGACCUGAUUUCCGGUAGAAAAAAAAACAGAGGAUCCGAUAUAUGGACGACAUGAAAAGGUACAGGUUACAGUAGACAGAGCGGCGCAAACAAACGGAUCGUGUGUAGAUUCGGUCGCCAAGAAGCAUGGAAUAAAGACAAAUGAAGAGUAUGAAAACUUAUUUAAAAGAAA